AUGCUUCGGUAAGUGAUGCGAACGCGUUUUCUUGACAUAUUGUUUUGUUUUUUGGGUGAUACGAAAUUUAAAAGUUUAACAAAUCCUGUCUGGAACAAACAAUUUCGGAACCUAUAAAAGUCCAGGAUGUAAAAUACGUGUAUUGAAAAAGUUCUUUAUUUCAGGCUGCCCAAGAUAUCCUCCAUAUUUUCGUCUGUUGCAAGUCUUCGUCAACUCGGCACUUCAAGUUCCCUGCGUCGUCGAGUUCUCAUCCCCGAAAUCCCAUUGAAGAGAAUGCCGGGGAGAUUUGUGAGCGCUGAAAUCGCCGAACCCUCCAAUUUCGAGUUGAUGAAAGCCUACAGUGAGAAGAACAUGUCCCAUGAAGAGUCUUUGGGAGUCGCUUUGGGUAGGAUAUCUUAGAAUAGGUGGAAAACCAAUCGUUGACCGAUGCAAGAGGAAGUAAUUGAAGAGCGCAAAAAACGCGUCUAUAAAUGACAUUUUAUGUGGCCACUUUCAAUUUUUGUGGAAAAUUAAAAAUGGGAACUUCGAUGCUAAAUUAACCUCUCCAGCGUCUCAAUGAUAGCAACUACAAUUAUAUAGUAGAGAAGGAAAAAUACAACAAACAGGUGUGGAAAACAAAUGCGGCAGCUUUCGCUGCCUGGCCAAAACCAUUUAGAUUUGGCCAGUCAUCUUUUAGAUGAGACCAAUUAUCAUUUAGACUGGUUUGCCAAAAGAAUAGAAGGAAAAGUCAUCAAACCGUUCGUCGCUUUUCGUUUGGGGAAACUUCACUUCUCUGACUGUCUGCAGUCUCCUCAAACCUGUGAUCUUAUAUCAGUUUGUCGCCAUAAAAUAUUUCAAAAUAGCUUUUCACGUCAGCGACACGAUCGGCGCAGCGAUAAAGGGCUCAUUAUUUUCCCAACAGACUGAUAAAAAAGUUUUCAGGCUGUGACCCAAAAGAUUACUGCGAAUAUGUCAUGAUUCCCGCUUUAAAGAGAGCUCUUCGUUUCCCGUACACGGUGAUGAUUAUGAACGGAGAGAAGAUUGCUGGAUUUGCGCUGACUUCCAUCGAAGUUUUCGAUGAGAAUCGAGCUGUUCCACCUCUUGGAUUGAAGGAUCAGGGAGAAUGUAGGACAACUUUAACUAAGCCACAAGUCUUUUCAGAUGUCGACAACAUCACGAGUCAUCUAAACAUUCCAAUGAAGAAUAUCAGAGAUUGGACUGGACUCAUUCAAUAUACCACUGAUGUGGUUCCUCAUUUUCUGCCCAAAGCUUCUAAACAUAUUGUUGCACACGACGAGCUGUUGUCUGUCAGCGAGGAGUACAGAGGGUAAGAAAUGAACCCUCUAGACUGGCUAGUACGGAUAGCAUAGCUGGCAUUAGAUACUGGAACAACAACUGAUAUUUUUUUAGCAACGGCCUCGCCACGAUUCUGAUGGAAGAAGGUGUAAAAGUCCUUGCCGAAGAUGGAAUCUGCGACUACUACUUUGGAAAUCCAACUGCUUUCGGCACAUCCAAAGCUGGCGACAACGUAGGGUCAUCGGAAUUGUUCCGAUUGCCCUUUAAGGACAUCAAAUUGCAUGGUGAAUAUUUGGUAAAAGAAGAGAAAAGUCAGACGGGAUUGGGUGCAAUUACAGUUCGGGUAAUUCCCAUUCCGGAGGGAUUGAGAGCUAUUGAAAGUCGCACAGGAAUGUAA